AUGCAGCGUGCGACGGAAAGCGAUCACAUGUUCCGUGUCAGUCGCGCAAGAGGGGGACAAGAAACAAGCGCCGGCAAAAGCAGCUUCCUGAAUUUGCUGUUGGGAACUGAUGUGCUUCCGUACUCGUUGCUGUGCGCGACGUCAACCAUUUGCCGCGUGCACCCUAUCGCGACAGACGCCGAACGUUACUACGUGGUACACAAGGCAGACGGCACGGAACAUAGGCAGACGAUCCGCGAGAAUGACGUGGAAGCGCUGGAGAAGUUGACACAGGAAUCGCAUGUGACAAUCGUUGACACACCGGGCGUCGGUGAGUGCAAGCUGCUGUCCGAGAAACUGUUCGAGUACCUCCCUAAGGCGGCAGCCUUCAUCUACGUCCUCAACAGCGCCAACUCCGGCGGGGUCCAGGAGGACAGGCUGGUGACGAUCUUCAAUCGCCUGAAGCUGGAGGAGACUAAGGGCGGCUUGUUCAGUUUCGACCCCAGUUGUACCAUGUUUGUGUGCAACAAGUGGGAUAUCGUGGAGGAGCGGGAGCGGAACCAGCCCGGUUCCGAGGCGCAGGUCUGGCAGGACACGGUGGACAAACUGAAGAAGCACCUACCGGGCUUCUCCUGGGACAGAUAUAUGUACAAAAUGAGCACCACUGAGGCCAGCAGAUACAUCACUUCCGGUAUCGGCUACACGGAACGGUAUGCGGCGCUGAUGGGAGGGCUGCAGAAGCUGAUCUUAUCGAGCCUCACGGGCAACGCGAACACGGGCCGCGCUCGAGAAAAACUGGGCUGGAUGCAUGUGCACGUCACAGAUUUAUGGAUAGGCAACUUUCUCGAGCAAAUACGGAAGUACGUGGCUGCACGCGUUAAUCGUGCUCGCGCAACGGAAGUGGAAAAGAAACGCCUGUUCGAAGAGGUGAACACUCGUCUGGCGACGCUAAGAGAAGACGCGGGCCACGUGAAGAAGAGAUUACGAGAAUUUGCUCAGGUCAGAUGUCGCAAUCUUGCGAGUUCUCUCUUCGCGUAUUUACACGACCCCGAUGUACAAGCUCGGAUUAAACUCUGGACAGAUUUACAGGCGCCGGUUAUCGAAGCGGACGAUUUUGACGCGACGAAACUUAAAGGAGAGCGUAUGAUACAAGCCCGAAUAAUGGAUGAAAUCACGAAGUGGGAAGCUGGUAACCAAAUAGUGAAGACAGUUCAGGACGAGCUUACACACGAAUUUAAGCUUGAAUGCAAGUUACUGACGGAAGAGUGUACUGAUAUUCAGAACCUCAUAGAAGGCGAUAUAAUAACUCCAGAGAGAAGAUUGUCAGAUUUUGGGAAACAGAUCAUUGAAGUGAAAACCUCUGUAUUUACCACAAGUGAAAAGGUGAUUUUGAUUGUGGCUGCUCCCCUAUGGAUCCCCGUGGUUACAGCCGCCUCGUUGUUGUUCCUGCCAGUGGGGGUUGGGAUGCUUAUAAAACAGACCGUUCAGGCAAAACAGCAACGAACGGAAUAUAUGAAAGAUAAAGCGAAGUACAUGACAAUAUGGACAGAACAAGUGAUCGAAGAUUUCUUUAAAGAGUCGGUCAUCGACAAAUUUAUCUCAGAAACGUACAUGUCCUUGUUUGAGAGGAAAAUAAAGGACCUUUGCGAAGAAACUAUUCCGGCACAGAUAAAGGCAGACAUUCAACAAGUGGAGCAAAUACAGAGAGACCGGCGGUCCUCCAAGACAAUUACCCGAGAGUUUAAGCCUAUUCAACUCACGCUGCAGGACAUAAUUGGACAACUCAAACUAUACGGAUUAAAAUUCGUCACGAAAGACUUGAUCGAUGUAGCGCAUAUUCGGCGAAUCCGUGAAAUCGGAAAGGGCAGCUUUUCUACAGUGUACUCGGCGCUGUAUCCGGCCACCGGAAAUGGCAGAGAAGUGGCUCUGAAGAUCCUAACGCUGCGUUUUGCAGACUUAUAUUCGCAGCUGACAGAAUUGGAGUGUCUGAGGAAACUCAAACAACAUGAAAACAUCGUAGAGUUCAUCGGUGUUUGCUACUCUGAUAAAAUGCCGGCGAUCACUGAAGGGGGCAGUCUGGAGACCAUGAGUCAACACAGACUCAUGUUCAUGUUUGAAAUAUGUGACCAGUCAUUAGAAGACUUCGUCUUCAAAACGCAACAUCUUCAAUGCGGGCACUACGACUCAAAAGAUCGACCGACCGAAGCCCUGGAUUUCUACGUGAAAGCAGGGGUUGGCAUAGCCAGGGGACUGGCUCACAUUCACGCCAGCAACUUUGCUCACAGGGAUCUUAAACUAGCCAAUGUCCUGAUGAGCAAAGGGAUGGUCAAGGUGUGCGACUUCGGCUUUGCCAAACACGAGGCGGACUUAUCUGGCACAUACACAGGUACCCGUACACACAUGUCACCAGAAAUACUCUCCGGCAAGCCGUAUACGAAGAAGACAGACAUGUACAGCCUCGCUAUAGUUCUCUGGGAACUUUGGUAUGGAAGACACGCGUAUUCGGAAGACACUUACGAUACUUUUGACGUCGGGACCCUGCUAGAUGCCAUAAAAAAAGGGACCCGCCCAAAUUGCAGAGAAAGAUACGCCAUACCAUCUAACCUUGUUCAGUUGAUCGAGAGAUGUUGGGAUGGCAACCCAGACGUACGACCCACCGCAGAGGAAGUGACAACAGAUUUACAGAUUGUAUUUAAAACCAGACAUUCUACAUAAAUAGUGUUAUGAGGUGGUUCAUUAGAGAACAUGGAUUGAACAAUUCAACUUCUGAUGUAAUGAAGUGCGUCUUGAUCGAUAUAUUUUGCUCAGUAUCACUGAACGUAAUCUUUGAAAGAUCCUGUACUACAUGUGGCUAAGAAUGUCUACGUAUAACACGUGUACAAUCAUGAAAAUGUAAAUACACAAGACCAAAAAAGAACAACUGUACACUGCUUUGAACCGUUGUAUUCAAAGUAACUUGUCCUUCAACGCGAACACCUUAUUCCAGUAUGUGCAUGAGCAAGUAGGACGA